CACAUUUUAAAAGACGCAUUUUUCAUCAUUAGCAUCUAUUAGUUGGUCUUCAUCAUUAAAUUAUUUUGUUAAAUUUGUACGCAUAUAAUAGCUUUGUUUGUUUUGAAAUAUAAACAAACAUACCUCUUUAACUUUAUCCUUAAGGUAUGUGAAUCUUUAUCUUGUUCAACUUAUACCAUAAAUAUUUUUAAAUUAGGGUUUAUUGUAAUUAUAGCGUACAAGCAACAAAGCCAAAUACAUCCAAAACGUGCAAAUAAUAUUAAAAAAGUAAUAUUAUAGCAAACAUUUAUGUAAUUAAGUGCAAAUAUGCUAUUUACAAAGAAAAAAUGUGCAAAAUGCCAACAGGAUAUAUUCACAUACACAACAAGACAGUUAAACCCCUAGGCUAUUGUCUUUUUGCUCUGUGGGAAGCCUCAGACAAAUCCCUCUUAGUUGCAGGUGGUCAAGCAUGAGCAAAGAGUUAAGUCCCAGGGUCCCUCUGCCCCUCCCAUUUGAUGUUCUGACAUCAUUAGCCCUGCCCCCUAAAAUAAUCCUCCCUUCCCCCAAACUCAAUCCUUGGGCAGAAAAGAGGGGAACUGUGAGCGUGUCCACCGUGGGACCAGGGGUAAGCAAGCCACCCUGGAAAUGUAGAGAUAAGUGAUAUGCUUUAGAGACUCUCUACUGGAAAUUACUGCAAACGUCUUGCACUUGUGGCGGAGAGCGAUGGCUGUUCAAGCUGCCAUCAUGAACUCUCAGUUCUUAAACUUUUGCUUUCCUGGCUCGGUCAUGGAGUACGAGAUGGAAAAGGGUCUGGAGGGCAGCUUUCUGGGUGAGGUGGACUGCGAGGGUGACUUUAGGGAGACCACCAGAGAUCUUCUCAGCUUCAUCGAUUCGGCUUCCAGCAACAUCAAAAUUGCAUUGGACAAACCUGUCAAGUCCAAAAGAAAAGUCAACCAUCGCAAGUACCUGCAGAAGCAGAUUAAAAGGUGCACCGGCAUCAUUUCCCAAGGCGCCGCGUCUGUUCAGGAGCCAUGUAAAAGACAAGACUCGCCUCAACCCAGCAAAACGCCACCCAAGAGGGACGGGAUGCAAGCCAACCUGCAAAGCAAAAGCCUGGCUGCCCUAUUCAACCCGGCGAAGGAUGUACGAGGAGAAAGGGCCAAGAAGCCUCCGUUGCGACACCGAAACCUCCCUCCGUCUUUCUUCACGGAGCCGGCCAACAGCUCCAGAGUUACAUCCACGUCUGGCAUGUCGCUUAAAGACCUGGAGCGAGGGACACCAGAAGCCGCCGAGUUUUUGGAGCUUCUUGGGCCCGACUACAGCAACAUGGUUUCAGAGCAGGAUCUAUUUCACACCAGGAUCCAACAGGAUGUGAGCGGUGGCCCCGAACCUGGCUCGUAUGAUUUCGUGACUGCUGGUUUUUUAUACACAGAGCCUUGGGGAACUCCCAAAAAGUCAGGGGACAUGCGGACGGCACCACUACAGCCAAACCCUUAUAGUCAAGCAGACAUUUCUGGCGCUUUGCCGGUGGAACAUAGCUCGCCGUGUGCACUUACCUUUCCAAACUUCUUCACAGACUGCACUGCACCUCCGGUCUCGUAUGAUCUGACAAACGGAUACAACAGAGGAAGCUUUCCUGCUCUUUAAAAUAGAGAUUUCUGGCAUUACUUUAAAAAAAAUGCUGUUGUUUAGUAUGGAAAUGAGAUCUAAUUCAAUUGUUUGACAGAAUAUACAUGCAUGCUACAGCAUCUAAAAAUAACCUUGCAUCUCCUAAAGUUUAAAAGAAACAAACAUUUCUAAUCAUAAAGCGAAAACCUCAGGAGUUUAUUUUAUUUCUUCUUGCAUUUAAAACAAGUCAAAAUUGCUACUAUAAUUAUGUUUGCCUAACAUGGAUGUAUAACAUAACUCACUAUUUUUUAACUUAGGCAUUGGUUGAUUGAUAAUACUACCAGUUGGAAAAUAUUGCAAAAAUAAACAAAUUAGGGAUUUUUUUUACAGAAGUGAUCUCAGAAGGCUCUGCAUCUUUGUCAGUCAAAGACAAACAGUGACCCCAUGAAGUAUUUGUGCACACUCGAACAACAAAAUAUCAAACCAAGUGGCAUCUGCAAACAAAUACUGCUAGACCUUUUCUCAAAAUUGAGUUUUCUAGAUAAUUUUUAAAUGAUGGGCUCCAGUGUCAUUCUAGUGUAUGUAAGUAGUUUUAUUCACACAUUAGCUACAUCAUUUGAUAACCAGAAUGGGUCCACAUAUACUUCAAAUAUCAAACAAGUACUAUUUUUGAACAAAUAAAUCAUGCAAUGCAACACAAUUAUACUUUUUAUACAUUUUAAGUGUGUUUUAAUGGUACAAAUACUUUUGGGGGGCCACACAGGAAAAACUGCAAUAUUAGCAAAUCACGACAAUCGGCCUACACUGUUAUAGACCAUUUUGCAGGAUAUACAGACACUAGUCUAGAAGCACUUCCUGAUUUAUUAUUUUUUAAACUGAACAAAAUAUUAAUAUUAAUUAAUUAAAGAACAAAAUACAACCAACAGAAAAUUUAGAACUGAAUCGAAAUGUCAAAUAAAUGUGAACUAAAAAAUUAAAAACAACAGGAAGUGCUUCUAGACCAAUGUUGUUUACAUCUUGCAAAAUGGUCUAUAUCGAUCACCGUUCAUGUAAAACAAAUUGUUACGUUUGUAUACCUAAAACAAUAACUUCUCAUUUCAAUAACUCCUCAAACAUCUGUACUUGUAGCUUCCUGGUAUACUUCCUGGUAUAGGUAUGUGCAUAACUGGCUACAACUAUGUACUGGUUAUUUUUUUUACUUGCAAAACACAACUGUGUUACAAUCAUUUCAUCUUAAAAGGUAAUGCAUGAAUGUAGGCACUGGCCUUAAGUUGUUUUGUUUUAGGGUAGAAAAUGACAUAUGAUAUAAGACAUUUCCAUUUGCAAUGGGAAGAACAAUUUAAAAUAAAGGAAGCUAAUGAUUUAUUGUAUAUUUAGUUGUAGUCUAAAUAAGUUUUAUGUGGAAGGCAUUAGCCGAGAGGGAAAUGUGUGCUAGUAAUUUAUAAGCUGUACUAGUUUUCACUCUUCACAAGGGUUUUAGACUCAUUGGGGCAGUUUCCCGGACAGGGUUAAGAUUAAUCCAGGACUAAGCUUUAGUUAUAUUUUAGCAGUGGUACUGAUAUAUGUAAAAGGCGUUUUAAAUUCAUUUUCAAAUAUGCAUUUAAAGAAAAGCCCUGUUUGGGAAACCACCCCAUUUUGUCUGACAUUUGCAUUUUGGGAAACUGAUUCUUCAUGUCUGUAUUAAUGAAUCUAGCCAUCUAAAGGCACACUCAAUGAAAGUUCUGUUCAUUCAUAAAGAGACAAAAUAAAGCUGGUCUUUAUAUCUGUCAUAGAGAUGAUCUCUUUGUAGCCUACAGUUAAAGAUUUCAGUCAGUGUCAGUCAGUUUUAUGUAUUGAGUGAACUGUCUAAAGAAAUAGACUGUGUAACACUGAAAAUACAUCACAUUUAAGAAAUGAAAUCUCAAUGUAUGUGUGAGCAAUUAAGUUAAAAUGUUUCUACUACAGGCAAAAACUUUUGAAACAUUGAGGAGGAAUCAGAGGGUGUAACACGUUUCAGGUUGUGGCUCCCUCUGCUGGCUGAAAGACUUUAGUUGAAUUCAGCACUUAAAAUGAAUCGGCACUUACAAUUAAAAGUCAAUGGACUGGG